AUGAUCAGGAAAAAGACCAAAGCUCUCUACGACCAAAUCUUGCCCGAUGGCGACAAUGAAAAGGCUGAAGAAGGUACUGACGAACCUCAAGCCACUUCCUCUGCUGACAACGAUGCUGCUUGUCGUUACGUGGAGGAAGAGUUGCCUAACCUCAUCAGUAAGGGAGGCUACCUCCCUGAACAAGUUUUCAACAUGGAUGAAACAUGCCUUUUUUGGAAGAGGAUGCCUUCGCGCACAUUCCUCUUCAAAGACGAAGUGAAGAGGCCAGGUUUCAAAGCUUACAAAGACCGUGUGACUAUCAUCAUGGCUGGCAAUGCUGAAGGUUUUAUGCUUAAGCCAGGCUUUGUUUAUAAAGCCAAAAAUCCACGGGUGAAGCUGUAUCUGGCUGAAAAGGGCCUCCCCUUUAAGGUCCUUCUCCUGAUGGACUGUGCAGGAGGCAUUGCAACGGACCUGCAAUAUGACGAUGUGCAGAUAGAGUUUCUGCCCCCUAACACUACAUCUCCAUUUCAGCCGAUGGAUCAAGGUGUCAUUCGUGCUUUUAAGGCACUCUACACUCGCUCCAAGAUCUGGAAGAAAUUAUGGCCGAACGUGGUGCACGACUAUCCAGGCUUCACUCCUGAAGAAGUUCAUCAUUCAGCGGUGGAGAAGGCGGUGAGACUGGCUCACAUCAUAAGAAAUGAAGGAUUUGUCGACAUGACAAAAGAAGACAUCAGCGCCCUUAUCGAUUGCCACUCGGACCCACUGACCGAUGAAGACCUCCUUGAGAUGACGAAGUCUGCUUGUUAG